AUGGCUAAUCUAAGUGUCCUGAUAGUAAAUAUCUCAGAUUGGAGUUGCAACAAUAAGGUUUAUGGUUAUGACAACAUUGAAUUUGAUUUCUCAAAGUUAAUAUGUCUCUGCUGGGAUCAUUACCCCUUCCCAUCGUUGCCUAAGAAAUUUUAUCAUGAGAACUUUGUUGUACUUAAGAUUUGUAACAACUCCAACAACUUUGGACAGGUAUCAAGUGUUUGUAAUUUGAAAUCUCUUCGAUGGCUUGAUCUCUCUGGUUUGUCAAAUCUAAAAGCUGUACCAGAGAUCUCGUGCAAUAUAGAAGAAUUAUAUUUAGAUGGAACUGUUAUAAAAGAAUUGUCUUCAACAAUUGAGAAUGUUUCCAAUCUAGAAAGACUGAGUCUUAGAAAUUGCUCAAGCCUUGAAAGUCUUCCAAACGGCAUUUGUAAAUUGAAGUUUCUGAAAUAUCUUUGUAUCUCUGGUUGUUUGAAAAUUGAUAGAUUGCCCGAAGACAUAGGAAAUUUAGAAGGUUUGGAAGCGCUAGAAGCUGAUGAUUUGACAGAAGUACCUUCAUCUAUAGUACGUCUGAAAAACCUUCAUGGUUUAUCUUUGGAGAGAUGUAAGCGUCAAGGGCUGAUGCGCAUACUAUCACCUAUUUUAUCAGAUUGCCUUCUUUUACAGAGAAUAAAUUUGAAUUUCUGCAUUCUCUCAGAGUUGCCCUAUAUUUUUGGCCAAUUGUCAUUUCUUAAUUCCUUAAAAUUAGCCAGAAAUAAUUCUGAGACUUUACCUACAAGCAUCAUGAGCCUCUCCAAGUUGUCGUUCCUCAACAUAAAGUUUUGUGAUAGGCUUCAAUACUUACCAAAGCUGCCAUGUCAGCUACAGAAUCUAGAGGCAGAGGGUUGUGAAUUGCUGAAAACAUUAUCAGGUUUCAUAAGUCCAUAUUAUAGAUAUUUACUUAGCUUCACCAGCUGCUUGAGUGUGGAUUGGAAAGAGAUCAGAAACAUCAUUGAUGAUGCUUUUCUUAAUAAUUACUCAAACAAAGUUAUAAGGCAUGAAGCAGCAAAGGGGAGAGUUGGCCUUCCAGAAGGUUAUAUUGGUUUCCCUGGAAGUGAAAUUCCAGGGUUCUUUGAUAUUCAGAGUAGUGGAUCUCGCAUAGUGCUACCACAAGGUUUGUUGAAGCAUGAGUUUUUGGGGUUUGUAUUUUGUGCCAUUGUAGGAGUCAAAGGUGACACUAGGUACCAUGGGAAUGGAUGGAAUUAUUUUCAGUAUCAUUUGUCUUGUAAAUACAAACGUGCUGGUGGGAUAGCCUUCUUCGAUUUCAUCUGUUCUUUGUUUAUAAAGAAGUGCGGGAUCCACUUAUUGUUCGGUGAAGAGUUUGAACGACAUUCCAAGAGGCUGGAAACUUCAAAUUUCUUUAAGGGUGAACCCAGCUCAAGAAUCAUUGCUUCACUUCUUCCAGUAAUUAAGGAGAGAGAACUAAUGGAGAAGUUAACAGGUCUGAGUCACCUCUUUGUGACAGUCUUCCUCUCAGGAUUCGCCAGUUUCAUGGUGAUUCCGGCCAUCACUGAUGUCACCAUGCUGGCUCUUUGCCCUGGUCGAGAUGAGUGCUCCCUCGCCAUUUACCUUACCGGAUUCCAGCAGGCGUUUUUGCGUUUUUCUGUCAUGGUCACUAACACUACCCACCUGCAAAAUUCAAACAUCAAAAGCUCCAUUAAUGGUGAUAUGGACCCUCUUGUAAUUAAUUCUGACGGUUCAUCUAUCUUUUGUAAAGGGUGA